AUGAAGUUCAAGAUCCAACUACAAAUGAGGAAAGCAUACACAUAUUCAGGAAAAAAUUACUCAUGUGUGACAUUAUUUGUCGGUAAUCAAGGCUCCAUCAAGGUUAUGUGUGAUGUUAGAGGACGGUCGGAGAAAACAUAUGGUUGGUGUUCAGAAGUCCCUGGUGAUAAUGCAUGCAAAAAGCUACCUUUACGAGAGGUAUGCAAGAAAGUCAUGGCACCUGGUGGAUUCAUACAUAUUUUGCAUGAGGUCUUCUCAAGAUGGAAAAUAAAUGCCAAAAGUUUUGGUAAGAGAAAAUUCCAAGAUCAAACCCUGGAAAGAAUCUAG